CAUUUUCUGCAGCCAAUGACGAACCCGGAAUCUCAUCGCGCGCGGAAGAGGAAUGUCAGAUUUGUGAUAGAAGCGGCUCGCCUCUCAGCUAAGGAUUGGAAGGAAACAAAAGGUGGUACAAUGCUUCACUGUAAAAUCAAGACUGAGAAAACAGAUGCUGGGGCUCGAAACCGCCUUGAUGCAGUAUUGCAAGGUUUGGUUGAGAGGAGUGACAGUGAGAGAGAGCAGAAUGAAGAGGAUUCUGGGAAAAUGGUGGCAGACUCUUUGAGCAAGGAUUUAUCCCCUUCUUCUGCAGGGAAAAGACCAUCAUCACGAUUCCCACAACACAGAAGGAAGAAGCGUAAAGAGAUGGAUGAUGGUCUGGCAGAAACCAACCAGCACAAACAAAAUGCUUAUAUUAUCAAGUUAUUUGACCGCAGUGUGGACUUGGCUCAGUUCAGCACCACCACACCACUCUAUCCCAUUUGUCGGGCGUGGAUGAGAAACAACCCAUCUAUGCGACAGAGAACAGCGCCCAGCCCCCCUCACAGCUGUGGGGAGGAUGAGAUGACUGACGUGCUGAAUGGCAAAGAACAGAACGUGUACAAGCUUCCUCCACCUGUUUCCUGUCCAGUAAGUUCAGCUGGUGAACCUGUCAAUCUCAGAAUUCCACCUGUGGAGAAACCUACAGAGACCAAGUCUGUAGAUGCUGCAGCAGGCACCUCACCUCUUAUCUUCAAUCACAUCAAACGCUGGAAGAAAAUUAGACAGAAGUGGAAGGAGGCUUCCAGUAAGAACCAGCUGAGAUACAGCGAGAGCAUAAAAAUCCUUAAGGAAAUGUAUGAACGUUAGUUCACAUACAUCACUAGUGCAUCUGAAGAAUAUCUGUGAAUGCAAAUUUUUCUCUUUAAAUACAAACUCACAAGAACUUCAAAUAAAUCUUACAGUACUAAAAAUGAAUUUAAUGUGUUCAUUAAAUAGAACUGCAUUAACAAAUUCUUUAUAAUAGUUCUCGGCCCUUUCCAACUUUAAAUAUUUGUCUAGCAUCUAUCUAUUGACAUGUGUAACAAUCUGGCUCUGAUACAAGACAUUGUGGAACUGCACAUGACAAUUCUGUGGGCAUCUAUUAAAUGCAUGUAAUUACAAGCCAUGUAACCAUAUUUAAGCUUUUUGACAUUUUUAUUUUGAAUAAAGAUCAGGCAAAUUUAACAAA